CUCCGCAGUCUCCGCCACGAGCCGCUGGUGGUGCGGGCGGGUCCGCGAGGCUCGCGGCAGCACCCCCCGGCCGCCCUGGUCCGCGCUCUGACCGCCUCGGGGGCCUUUGAUUCGAGCUGGGCAGCGCCCCGAGCGCCGAAUAAGCUUCGCAGGACAGAAGAGAAGAACAAAAUGGCAAAUAUGUUAUUUUGUUGGAUAUUUUUCACCCUCGGGUGGACCCUCAUUGAUGGAUCCGAAAUGGAACAGGAUUUUGUGUGGCACUUAAGAAAAAUCCCCCGGGUUGUCAGUGAAAGGACUUUCCAUCUUACCAGCCCCACCUUUGAGGCAGAUGCUAAGAUGGUGCUCAAUAGAGUGUGUGGCAUUGAAUGCCAGAAAGAACUCCCACCUCCCAGCCUUUCUGAUCUGGAAGAUUCUCUUUCCUACGAGACUGUCUUUGAGAAUGGCACCCGAACCUUGACCAGAGUGAAAGUCCGAGAUGUGGUCCUUGAGCCCACUCAAAAUGUCAGCAUGAAAGGGGCAUCUGUUAGGAGGAAGAGACAGGUAUAUGGCACAGACAGCAGGUUCAGCAUCUUGGACAAAAAGUUCUUAACCAACUUCCCUUUCAACACAGCCGUGAAGCUCUCCACGGGCUGCAGUGGUAUUCUCAUUUCCCCCAGCCAUGUUCUAACAGCUGCCCACUGUGUGCAUGACGGGAAGGACUACAUCAAAGGGAGUAAAAAGCUAAGGGUAGGGUUGUUGAAGAUGAGAAAUAAGGGCAGUGGCAAGAAACGGAGGGGUUCUAAGAGGAGCAGGAGAGAAGCCAAUGGUGGCGACCAGCGAGAGGAUACCACAGACAAUCUGGAGAGAGCCAAGGCUGGAAGAAGAAGAAAGGAAUCUGGUCGGGGUCGUAGAGUCCCUGAGGGGAGGCCCUCCUUCCAGUGGACCCGGGUCAAGAAUACGCACAUUCCCAAAGGCUGGGCCAGAGGAGGGAAGGGGGAUGCUGCCUUGGACUAUGACUAUGCUCUUCUGGAGUUGAAGCGCGCUCACAAAAAGAAAUACAUGGAACUAGGAAUCAGUCCAACCAUCAAGAAGCUGCCUGGGGGAAUGAUCCACUUCUCAGGAUUUGAUCAUGAUAGGGCCGAUCAGUUAGUCUACAGGUUUUGUAGCGUGUCCGACGAAUCCAGUGAUCUCCUCUAUCAAUACUGCGACGCCGAGUCAGGCUCCACUGGUUCCGGGGUCUAUCUGCGUCUGAAAGAGCCAGACAAGAAGAAUUGGAAGCGCAAAAUCAUUGCGGUCUAUUCAGGCCACCAGUGGGUGGAUGUCCACGGUGUGCAGAAGGACUACAACGUGGCGGUGCGCAUCACUCCCCUCAAGUACGCCCAGAUCUGCCUCUGGAUUCAUGGAAAUAAUGCCAACUGUACUUACGGCUAACAAAAACCUGCAGUGAGUCAAUGGAUUAUUUAAAUCGCAGAGCACUCCAGUUAUGAUUAUUGUAGCAAGAUCACUUCCUAGGUUAUGCCUGGACUCGAACCCUAUCAACAACAUUUUUAUAAAUUUAUCGUUUCAAAAUUAGGAGAUUUUUAUCUGUUUAAAAAAUACCUAGGCAUAAAUAACUGAAACUAGAUGGGCACCUCAAUGCCAAGUAUAUAUUCUUCUUUACAGGGUGAUAAGUAUCAUUUAUGGGAAGUCUUUUGUUUCUUUCUGCCUUCUUAAGAUUAGACACUUUAAAACUUCAAACUGGUACUAUAAAUAAUAUGUGAUUUCUUAAUGGACUUAUUCUCAGGGUCCUACUCUAUCAAGAAUCUAAUAGGGUGCUGGUUGCAUAUUAAAGGGGAAACUGCAUAUACAGAUAGAGACAGUGACAUGAUUAGCAUCAGGGUAGAGACAAUAAUUUACAACGGCUUGUAUUACUUGGAGAUGGACCCAUUCAGCUCAUGCCCUCCAUGUUUAUAUAGUGUUUUCUGUUGGGUCUGAGAAACUUUGGUUUAGUUGUUGUUGGUGGUGUUUUUAAGAAUUGCAAGAUACAGCAAAUUUUAUAAACAAAGCUAGCAACUAUUUUACUGCUUUAAAAAAUGUCAACUGAAGUGUGUAUUAUUUAAAAAUGGGAGAAAUACUUUGUUCUAUGAAAUGAAUCUAGUUUAAAAACAGGGAAGCUGAGAUUAUUUUAAGAUCUCAAGUUUUUAUUUAACUAAUGUUCAGAACGUGGACUUUUCAUGAAGGCAGAAGGAAGACAGUUCACAAGUUAUAAAUGGUCAUGUUUUGAAAGCCUCUUCAUUUAAUGCUAGUCUUCUAUGUAUGAGGUGUUAAGAGUUUUAGGACCAAGAAUUUUAAUCUUUCUCAAGAGAGAGCCUUUUUCCCCUUGAUAGAUUUCAGCUUUCUUAAUAGGGCCACACACAUAUUAUUUUGGCGAUUUCUCUGACUAGCAGUUUUAGAUAAAUCCCUUAAAAUGAAUAUAAUUUACACAUACAAUUUUUAAAAGAAGAUUCUGAUUCUCUUCAUCACGGGCCAAGGCCGCACACUGGCUCAGGCCGUCAUGGUGGCCCCAGCAGACAGAACCGGUGGCUGUCUUCAGGCAAAACACAGUCGUUACUCACACAUUUCUUGAAUGAACAGAUAUUUGCUGAAUGGUAGUAAAAGUGAGUUUGUUCAGGCCAUUAUGUCUAAAGGGUUUUAGUGAUUUGCAGUUGAGUGCACCAUAAAAUUCAGGAAUUGCAAGCCUAAUUUCUGGUCUGCUAUUUUUGGCAGUUUCUAGGGCACACAUUCUUUUCUCUCAUGACUCACCUAAGUCACUGAUUCUGCCAGAGUUCAAAUUUAUUUUACUUGGUUUUUUUUUUUUUUGAAAGAAUGGGGACUUAUACCCUUGAUUAGUAUGCAAAAGAACAUUUGAUUAGGUUAUAAUAAAAAGUGAUUUUGUAUAUCUUGUCCAAAAUAGCUGGAAUUCAAUACAAGUAUACAUUCUUUUGUAGUGUGAAUCUGUUUAAAAAUCAUUCAAUAAAAAUUAAAAAAAUAAAUCAA